CAAAGCAGAUGAUACGUUUUUAAUCAGUUUAUUAGAAUAGCAUUUUGUACGGAAGUGAAUACGCCCCCUCCAGGCUUGGGUGAACAAAUAAUGUUUACAUUAAUAUCGAUAGUAUUAGAUUCAUACAAUACACAGUCGAGGUUUCGAUGUAAGGAAAUGAACGGGCGAAUUGAGGAUUUAGCGUUUGAUCAUGUAGAUCACUUAAUUGUCAUUACUAGAGCUUCAUCUUGCAAUGCAUUUGGAUUUGCCGAUUCGCAACGAUAGCCUGCAAUUACGUUUUUAUUCAACAGUUUUUCAACUUUAUUGAUGAACAGCUGGCUAUAGGUAGAGUAUGAGAAUAAUGCUUAAUACGUAAUGUGCUGCCGGGUUCCGGGUACGAACACAAUAACACCGGAUUACCUAGGAUCUUGUUUAUUAAUGUCAACACUCCGAUAGUGCAUAAUCUCAAGCGAAACGGAGACUAUUUCUACUUGCUGGCUUUGUAGGUUUAACAGGUGAAAAAAAAAGGCUUGAAAUGUUACGAGAGGUUCACUUUGUGUACAGUUUUCAUAAUUCUAUUGGAGACAACCAUAAACGCUAUAUCUUAUAAAAAAAAAACGACCUAUUUUGUCGAACGGUCGUAACGAACCGGCUAUGCGAUAUAACACUGUUAUUAUAAAUUUACUGUUUGUUUGUCUUGUGCAAGUUGCUGCAGAUAUCAGGGGUUGGAGCCAGGAGCAGUAUCCGAAUAUAUUCAGCGAGCUACACCGAUGUGGAAGGCCUAAUGAUAUCAAUGAAACAUGGAUUUGUGAUCCAGAUGGAAUUCUUUCAGUAAGUCAAGGGAAUCAAAUUGAUGACACACUAAGACAAAUCAAAAUUAACUCAAAUUGCCUGUGUGUUGACGGAUGCAGCGAAGGUACUGGUUUCCGCAUCGCCGUUGCGCUUGUUCAGUGGAUGACCAUCGAAAAAAAAUUUAUACCGAAGAAAGAGCAGGCAUAUCAUUUUGCCAAUUACCUAAUGUCUGCCUGGUUUGGAGAUUAUAACUGUGAUAACAAUGCGGUUGUGUUCUACGCCUACGAACAUAACCAGCUUGCAUUUGCCCUUGGUGACAGCGUCAAGAUGAUGGUAUCCGAGUUGGAAUACGCUAGCCUAGUUGAUGAUGGCCGUAGCCGACUUGGUAGAGAUCUUAACAGCACAUACGUGGCUUUGGAUUACAUUAUUAGAAAACUGAACGACUCUAUACAAAACGGACCUGGCGUAAGCCUCAGCGUAGUUUAUUCAGUUACAGUGAUCGGGGCUCUUUUGGUCGUCCUCUUUUUGAUGUGCCUUAUUUCAAAUACAUGUUGCCGAGUGGAGAUACCUCGCAAGUUGAAUGUCACUGAGGGCGACAAAACUGUAGGCAAACAAACACAAAAAGUGCCACAAAGAUGAUAGACAACGAAACCACUGCACAAACACAAUCGAUAUUAAGAUCGAUAAUGCAUUUCAGUAUGUUUAAUAAUCAAUAUGUCUAUUUUUGUAUUUAAAAGGUAAAUAAUGCAGCUUUAAGCAGUAUUGUUGAACUGAACUUUACGGCCGGUAGGCUAACCGAUAGGAAUCAAACAUGAAGACUGCUUUAUGUGAAGCAAGGCUAAAGGCCACAUGGGGCCAUAUACUAAGAGAUUUGCAACAUGAGGCACUUUAAAGUAAUCAUUGAUAUCGUAUACUGCUUUUGAUAACAUGCUCCGUAGAAAAAAAUUAUUUUUCUGUUGUUCAACUGAUUUUUUAAGACACAAAAGGGUGUUUGACGAAAAACUCUGGAACGGUUAAUGAGAUAAAUUUUUUUAAUAUUCAAAAACUGGGGGAAAAAGUGGAAGGAGUGGUUACGCCCUUUUUUCUCCAGUUUUUAAAUAUUCGCAAAAUCUGUAUCCCAUUUACCGUUUCCGUGUUUUUUCGACAAACACCCUUUUUGUGUCUUCAGAUGUAGGGCCUACAACAGGCCUAUCAAACAUAAAAAUUCCUCCAGCCUGCUUUAACUUCAUGUUAUUACCGUGAUAUGCCUAAUACUUUUGCUUUGUUCCAAAGUAUGUCUCUCAUUAAUAACUCAGUUCGUUGGUAUUUAUGUGUCUUAAGCAUCUACCGCGUCCUCCAUUUUUCUUUUUAAGUUGUUUUUCUUUGCAAAUUAUUCUUUGUAAAUUAUUGUACAGUUCAUUCCAGAAAUAUUUGCAUUAUAUAAAUAUAAUAUAUUCUAGAAGGACGAUUCAAAUUAGAUUAACAUUUUACCAAAGUAAACACAUCAUUUGCAAUCCAAUCAAGUUUUGGAGUUCCAAUAAAUCGAUUAUAUGCUAUGCACUGAUAUAGUUGAUCGAUGGACUAUACAGUUCAACUAUCGUCUAAAUGUGUAAUUAAAGACGCAACGACUACUGUAGUUUGGACCUAUUCUAAUUGUAUAUUGUUCGUCUGUACCGUUUAACAAUGAUGUCAGGGGCGGCAUGUGUUUUAUGCCAAUAAAGCAAAUAUCAUUGAUAUA